AUGGUUUCGAUUCCGUGGUGGACGAAGGAAGAUAACAAGAAUUUUGAGAUUGCUCUGGCGCAAUUCCCGGAGGGCUCGCCGUCUUUUUUGGAGAGAAUCGCCGAGCAUCUGCGGAAACCGGUGGAGGAGGUGAAGUUCUACUACGAAGAUUUGGUCUACGAUGUUGAGCAGAUCGAAACAGGUAAGGUUCCUUUGCCCAAGUACCGGGAUGAUGAUGACGAUUACGUGUCACUGAAGAAAGCGGCUGAGUCCAAAAGCCAAGGCACGGGGAGAAAGAAGGGAAUUCCUUGGACACCAGAGGAACAUAGAUUGUUUCUGGAUGGACUAGAUAAGUAUGGGAAAGGAGAUUGGAAGAGCAUUUCGAGGGAAUGUGUGAAGACAAGGAGCCCGAUGCAAGUGGCAAGCCAUGCUCAGAAGUAUUACUUAAGGCAAAGUUCUGACGGUAAGAAGGGGAAACGCUCGAGUAUCCAUGACAUGACUCUGGGACAUGCGGACAAUGUAACCGUUCCUGGAUCCAACUUGAAGUCUAUGGGACAUCAGCCACAUUUUGGUGACCAAAUUCCUCCGGAUCAAUAUUACCAAUACUACUCGCAGGACAACUUCGGGCUUUUUGAUGAUGAUGCUCAUGGUGGGUGUUUACCAAGCUAUGAUGAAUUAUAUUCUUACAAGUUUUGAAGAACUAUAUAUCAUAAUUAAGCUUUUUAACGAGAGAUUCUAGUUUAAGGUUUUAUAGUUGCGGUUUUCUAGUCUAGACUUUAGUUGUAAAACAAACUUGAAUGGUAGUUUAUUUAGUUUUUGGUUUCUAACAACAAUACUCUUUUAAAAACAAAAUUUGAUUUAGAAAAUGAAUUUUCGUA